GCCAUACAUACCUCUGCUCUUUCUUCUACAGAUCCAUUCCAUGGCGAUCGGCGCGACCACUAACGAAAGAAGGCUCCAUUGACUCUGCUAUGUUACGGUGUCCAUUCUCCUCAAGUGGUCAAAUUGUCUUCCAACGUUGAAUAAGUUCGCUACUACUUCCAAAGAUGGAUCAUCCAGAAAAUAUAGUAACACAACUUAUCCAUGAAGAGCACAGAUCAAAAUGGAUAGCACGUAGCAAUCAUAAUGUGAAAUGUUUUACAGAAAAUGAGAUAAACAGAUUUACUGACAACUAUAAGACUUUACUGGGUAGAGGUGCCUUCGGAGAAGUUUAUCAAGGAGUCCUUGAGGACAAAAGUAUGGUUGCAGUCAAGAAGUUUAUCUGCAAUGUAAAAGAAGAUUUUGCCAAAGAGUUGCUCGUCCACCGUGAGAUCAAUCACAAGAAUGUCGUCAGAUUAGUCGGCUACUGUAUUGAUGAAAAUGCCCUAAUGGUGGUCACGGAGUAUAUUCCUAAAGGAAAUCUGAGUGACAUCCUUCACGGCGAUAGCAUUCACAUUGCUUUGGAUACACGGCUAAGAAUUGCCAUUGAAUGUGCAGAAGCGUUGGGCUAUAUGCAUUCACAAAUGUAUACUCAGGUCAUUCAUGGUGAUAUCAAGCCUGCUAAUAUACUUCUGGAUGAUGGACUCAGAGCAAAAAUAUCAGACUUUGGAAUAUCAAGACUAGUCAACACUGAAAAUACUUUAUAUACUCUAAAUGUGAUAGGAAGUAUAGGCUACAUGGACCCUCUAUUUGCUCAGAAUGGUCGCCUCACAGCAAAAAGUGAUGUUUAUAGUUUUGGAGUUGUGCUUCUGGAGCUCAUAACGAGAAAAAAAGCAAGAACAGAGAAUGGGGAGAUCGGCUUGGUUGAAAGUUUUAUUCAAUCUCUUUCAAAAGGGUUUAGGAGGGUGAGGGAGAUGUUUGAUCCUGAAAUUGCAACAUCAAGUGACAUGAAGACUGUCGAUGAGAUUGCUAAGUUGGCUGGUAAAUGCUUGAAGAUGGAACUCAACAAACGUCCUGAGAUGUUAGAAGUUGUAGAACGUCUUCGCAAACUUAGAAAAGCUCCACAUCAGGUACAAGGAAGACUAGCUUUUUUUCCUUUGGGGAGGAAAAAUAAACUAGCUCCAGCCGAAACACCAUCACUAGAAAGCAGCAGCAGUACCCAAAAUGUUGGAACUUUUAUUGUUAGGUCGACAGUGGCAGGCCAAUCGUUCGAGCUGGAAGACCUGCUUCGGGGGUCAGCUGAAAUUCUGGGCAAGGGUACCGUCGGGACAACAUACAAAGCAACGCUUGAAGGUGGUUAUGAGUUGGUGGUCAAGAGGCUGAAGGGUAUGCAUUUGCCGAAGGCGGAUUUCGAGCAGCAUAUCACGGUGAUUGGCGCCAUCCAGAACAAACACAUUGUGCCACUACGGUGGUAUUACUAUAGCACGGAAGAGCAGUUGCUAGUGUAUGAUAUCAUCCCCAUGGGUAGCCUGGCAAAAGUGCUCCACGGUGACAGAGACUCCGGCCCAUCUCUGCUGGACUGGGAGCAGCGGUCAGCUAUCUCACUUGCUGCUGCGCGCGGUGUGGAGGCUAUCCACUUAGCUGGACCAUCGAGCUGCCAUGGCAACAUUAAGUCUUCCAACAUUCUGCUCACCGGCACCCACGAUGCAUGUGUGUCGGAGCAUGGCCUGAUAACACUUGGUGUGUAUUCCAGCGCCUCCGGCUACUGUGCUCCUGAGGUCAAUCACAAUAGGUCAGUCUCCCAGAAAGCUGAUGUGUACAGCUUUGGCAUCCUAAUGCUGGAGCUUCUCAGCAGCAAGGCUCCAGCAAAGAGCAUACAGAAUAAGAAGGGACUAGAUUUGGCACGGUGGGUGUGUUCCAUCACACCUGAGGAGUGGACAGAGGAGGUGUUCGACGUGGAGCUCCUAGGACAACAGCAGAAGGACGGAGAAGUGGACUGCAUGUUGCGAUUUCUGCAGCUCGCCCUAAACUGUUGCAGUCAAGAUGCCGACUGGAGGCCUGCAAUGUCUUAUGUCGUGCAGCAGAUCGAGGAGAUCCAACAAUCCUGACCAAGAACCCCGCACAUCAAUUUGAGUGAAAGCUGCUUGGUCGCAAUUGCACUCAAAUCAGUUUGUUAUCCUGGAGAACUACUGUCUUGGAAAAGAAUGUUUUUCAGUGCAAAUUUGUAAUCGAUCGCCUAUCAUACAUGUUAUUGGCAUAAAUACUCUGCAUUAUUCUAUGCCACGCUUAGCUCUCACAAUUUGAAUGCCAUGUACAAAUAUCGCAAAUUUGACAAAUAAGCCUACAAUUAAAUUAAAUUACAAUUCA